GUCACAAUAGCAAACUCAACAACAUAUACAUCUCUGACUUUCAAAUAUGGAAUACUUGCCAAGUUGUAUGUUCUUCCUAUCUCUAUUGGCAUUGACUCUUUAUUUUCUGCUUUCAAGAGCCAAACUCAUAAACAAUUCAAACAUCAAGCUUCCACCAGGACCUACUCCUCUUCCCUUCAUAGGAAACCUCCUUCAAUUAGGGAAAAAACCUCACAAAUCCUUAGCCAAAUUAGCUGAAAUUUAUGGACCAAUCAUGAGUCUAAAACUAGGUCAAAUAACCACCAUAGUUGUCUCUUCACCUAAAAUGGCCAAAGAAAUACUCCAAACCCAUGAUCAAUUCUUAUCAAAUAAAGCCAUUCCCAAUGCUGUGCAAAUUCAUGACCACCACAAAUAUAGCAUGACAUUCUUACCUGUUUCACCUCUUUGGAGAGACUUAAGAAAAAUAGGCAAUAGUCAAUUACUCUCUAACAAGACUCUUGAGGAGAGUAAGGGAAUUAGGAGUCAAAAACUGCAAGAAUUCAUCAAUGAUAUUAAUCAAAGUUGUCUUAUUAAUGAAGCUGUUGAUAUUGGAAAUAUGGCUUUUAAGACAUCAAUCAAUUUGUUGUCAAACACUAUUUUCUCUAUUGAUUUGGUUGAUUCUUCUGGUUCAGUUGGUGAUUUCAAGGAGUUAGUUGUGAAUAUAAUGGAAGAAUGUGGAAAACCAAACAUUGCUGAUCUUUUUCCUGCACUUAGGAUGUUUGACCCACAAGGUAUUAAGGGUCGUACAUCUGUUUAUGCUGGCAAGAUCCUUGAUAUCUUCGAACGUUUGGUUGAUCAACGGUUGAAGUUGAGGGAAGUCAAAGGUUUUGACACAAAUAAGGACAUGCUAAAUACGUUUCUAGACAUUGAUCAAGCUACCACCCAAGUGAUGAAAAAAACCCAAAUCCAACAUUUAUCUCUGACUCUCUUUGUUGCGGGUACCGAUACAAUUUCAUCUACGCUAGAAUGGGCAAUGGCAGAAUUGCUCAAAAAUGAAAAGAUUAUGUCAAAAGCAAAACAAGAGCUGGAACAAAUAAUUGGCAAAGGAAAAACUUUAGGUGAAUCAGAUAUUGCUAAGCUUCCUUAUUUACAAGCAAUAAUAAAAGAGACAUUUCGAUUGCACCCUCCAGUUCCAUUCUUAGUCCCUCGAAAAGCAAAUACAAAUGUGGAAAUUUGUGGAUACACAAUUCCAAAAGAUGCACAUGUGUGGGUCAAUGUGUGGGCUAUUGGUAGAAAUUCUAGUUUUUGGGAAAAUGCAAAUUUGUUUUCACCGGAGAGAUUCUUAAGAUCGGAAAUUGAUGUUAAAGGUCACAAUUUCGAGCUUACACCAUUUGGUGCUGGGAGGCGAAUUUGUCCUGGUUUAACGUUAGGGACGAGGAUGUUGCAUUUGAUGUUGGGUUCAUUAAUCAAUUGUUUUAACUGGAAAACGGAAGAUGGAAAGAAAAUAGAAGAUAUGAACAUGGAGGACAAAUUUGGGAUAACAUUAGCAAAGGCUCAGCCAGUAAAAGUCAUUGCAGAAAAAAUAUACAACUAGGGUAUUUGAAAUAUGUUUAGAUUUAUCUCAUGACACAAGUAUUUAUAAAAUUAUAAUAGUGUUUGAA